AUAAGUGACUUACCCUACCGUGAUUAGCCUAAAAAGAAGAAAAGUGAUCAAUCGGGCUGCUGUGUGAUCGGAAUUGCUAUCGUGUAGAGUGUACUGCGGGAAUGAAAACCGAUCGACUAAAAUGGCACUUUGCAGUGAAGCGUCAGCAAUGAUGUGAUUGUACUCUUGUUUCCUUUUCUCUCAUUCUUAAAGCAAAGGGAAGCAAGCAAUACAAAACAACUUACAAACGGGCGAACAAAAAAAACUGUUGCGGCGACACUUUGACGUUUCCUUUUGACACACUUUUGUGUGUGGCGAUCAAGUGCGUCUCCCAUGCGAAAGCCUGUUUUCAACGAGUAAAAAGUGAUCAUUGCGGUGGUAUGCUAUCUUGGGAUGGUGGGCUUGUAGUACAAAAGUGCGUGCGCGCGUACAAUACAAGUGUGAGUGUUUAUUUUUUAUCCAUCGUGUGGAGCCUCUUGGAAACGACGGCCGGUAUAAAAAAAAACACGGAAAAGAUCAGUGCGUUAUAGUGUUGUAACUAAUCUCAUUGCCAGAGGUGCAUAAACAAUGCCGAUACGUUGUUACUAGAAGAGUCCUAGAGACACACCCGAGUGUGGUUGAUGUGAUUUAACUUGACGAUCGUACAGUGAAUUGCUUUAUCGGGUAAACCCGGUACUGUGGAAAACAAACGGGCUGAAGCGAAUUUUCCACCGGCACCUGUGCGUCAGUGUGUGUGUGUCCGUGUGUGCGCGUGUGUGUGGGCAAUUCCGGUGUCCCAAAAAAGGGAUAGAAAAAAAAACAUCCAACCAACCAAGUGCCCAACUGCAGCUUUUCACAUGAAUCAACAACACAAUCAUCACAUCAUGAGUUCGUACGGUGUUAGCACUGAGAACAGUGGCUCGAACCAGCAGUCGACACAAAGCAUUGCCGACUAUCUGGCACAGUUGCUAAAAGACCGCAAACAGUUGGCCGCCUUCCCGAACGUUUUCCUGCACAUGGAGCGGCUGCUAGACGAGGAAAUUGCGAAAGUGCGUGCCUCACUGUUUCACAUCAAUGGUGUCACGAAGGAACCGCUGCAGCUUCCCGAUCCGGAAGGUGAAUCGAUCACGAUGAACGAGAAGGUAUACGUGCCCGUGAAGGAGUAUCCGGACUUUAACUUUGUCGGGCGCAUUCUCGGUCCGCGCGGUAUGACAGCCAAGCAGCUGGAACAGGAAACUGGCUGCAAGAUUAUGGUCCGAGGGAAGGGUUCGAUGCGGGACAAGAAAAAGGAGGACGCUAACCGUGGCAAACCGAACUGGGAACACCUGUCGGACGAUCUGCACGUACUGAUCACGGUCGAGGACACGGAGAAUCGUGCCUCGAUCAAGCUGAAGCGUGCACUGGACGAGGUGAAGAAGCUGCUCGUACCGCACGCCGAAGGCGAAGACGAGCUGAAGAAGCGCCAGCUGAUGGAGCUGGCCAUCAUCAACGGUACGUACCGGGACUCGACCACCAAAGUAGCGCCAGCGGACAACACCUUCAACUUCGACCCGCAACAGUACACCGACGAACGGUGGAAGAUGGCGGCGGCGGCAGCGGCAGCCGAUUCGCGCAUGCUCAACCAGGCGACACUGGCCGCCAACCUGGCCGCUGCUAAUUCGUUAGCGGGCCGCACCGCACCGAACCCGCUCGGUGCACCGAUCAUCCUGUCGCCCCGCAUCUCCGUCCCGACGACUGCCGCCAGCCUCAUACCCGGUUCGGGGCCACCGCCCACGAUCGACCAUACGACCGGGUUGAUCUACGCCUCACCCUACACGGACUACAGCUAUGCGCUGGCGGCCGCCGGCAAUCCGCUGCUUGCGGAGUACCCCGAACACAGCGUAGGUGCAAUCAAAAAUCCAAGAAGACAAUAUGCGUCUCGCGAUCAUCCUUACUAAAACCCCGUUUAAAAAAAACCAACAACAUUUAAAAACAAAUCAACAAACAAAAUAGCAAAAUAGCGAGUUGCAAACCACAAAAAAAAAACAAACAAUAAUUUUAGUAUGCAAAUAAGCGCAAAUCCAACAACAACAACAACAAAACGCCUUGCAAAAACAAAAAAGUGCAACUGCAUUCUACUACAUCAACAACAACAAUCACCCCUUUUUUGUUAUUGGCAGUACUACCCGGGCGGUGGGGCAAUAAUUUAUCUAAUACGAUCAUUAUCUAUAAAUAAUUUUUCUUUUAUAUUAAUUUACUUUUCACGCACCCACCCCACACGUACACAAACACUCAAAUACACACAACCACACACAAACACACACACUCUAUCUAUACUUUAAUUUGUUUAAUUUUUGCUCUAUCUCCAAACUUUCGUUGUUUCGAAUAUUAAUAAUAUUCAUACAAAAUAUUAAUAAUACUAUUAAUCAUAACUUAGUUAUAAUAAUCGCAUUACCGCAACCCAAUAACGCCAAGGAUAGCGCAAUCUGCUGGAUGAGAAAGCAAAAACAUAAUUAUCUCAAAAAAACUUUUAGUUGUCGAUUAACGCAUUAAAAACGUUGUAAUGUUGUAAUAAGGGGAGCGAUAUUCACCACCAUCUUUUCAUACUGAUUUUUUUUGUUUCCCUUCUUAUUACUACAAAAGCUUAUGUCGGAACAAAAAAGAACAAGUUUUAAAAGAUAAAUUCACAUGUAGGGAUACAUGUAAACUACCUAUAGAUUACUUAAUCCGGUUUUUUGUUCUACCCAUUUAACUAUUCUAAUUGAGAUGUGUUGUUUUAUCUCACCCUUCUAUAACGAACCUUGUGCAAACAUAGAUCUGAGCGUAUGAAUCGUGUAUGAGUUAUAGAUUGAAACAUUUAAAAUAAUAAGAUGUAGAUAAGAGACGGAACAGUAAGCGUGCGCACACUAAUCCGUCGAUAAGUAUUAGUAUUAAGUGAGAUGGAAAAUGGAACGAAGCAAGCAUUGUCACGUACUACGCAACUGUGCGCAUAACAAUAACAAUAACAGAAUAACUUAAUAUUAUCGAUACACGAUAGCAUUGUGUAUUAGGCGAACCAAUUGUAUUUACUACCCAAGAUGGAACUAAAAGGACACACGAAACGAAUAAUUUUAGCACACUCUGCAACACUACUAAAUGAUCGCUGAACUUAAGCAAUUACUGCAGUAUCAUUCUUACCGCUACCACCACCACUACUACUACUACUACGCAUUGUAACAACUAUUCGAUUUUUCCCUUACCUUUUUUUCCUUCCUUAAAUGUUCCCUCCAGUGUUCCUUAUCCUUGUAUUUUAAAGAUAAAAUUAGUACAGCAAACAAUUUAUAAUGUAAACGCAUCGUCUCAUCUGGAACGUUUGGAAGAAUGUACGUGCUAACAAAAUGGUAACCAGAUACUACUUAUGCUACCAACGUGCAAUGCGUAACGUGUGCUAUAAAGGACCUCAUGCUAUAAAGUCUCAUACACGAUCGAUCACCUUCUGUACAAACCAACAACAAAUGCUUUUUGCAACAAAUUUGAGCACUUCAUUUCAUGGCUACAUUUAUGCAAAAGAAUUAGACUCCUGUAAGGAUGGGUUGUGGGAUGCACAAUAACUUUUCUAUGACAUUGAUAUAUAAUGUGGGAUUGCCUUUUUUUUCUUCUCCCGUGCAGACAUGCAGAUGACUGUUUUCUCAUGUCCUAUCUCACACGUAAAAUGAAGCAUCACGCGUUGAUGCAUUGCUGUUCUCGAAUAUACCGUCGCAUCCUCUUCUCACAAUAAUGCUCUAAAACCAAUAUGUAUCAUUCAUCUGAUUAACUCCUGCGGAACUCGCUCCUUCUUUAUCUCUCUAUCUCGCUCCCUCUAUGUAUGUUCGCUUCCACUUUUACAUUACCUACUACUAGCAGCUUAGCACUGAUAUUUUAACCGAAUAAACCAUGCACACAGCCCUGGAUAUAUGAUAAAAGCUUUUUUUUUCGGUCUAAUCAUACAAAUCCCAUUGUUUUCGUUCGCUAACACAACCAACAUAUGAUGAGUUACUAGUCGUUAUGUUAUGUAUGAAAACUAGUUAAGCGCUUAAGUUAAUUAACUUUCUUUAACAGACCGAACAGAAUAUUUGUGAUUAAUAUGAUUGAUUUUACACGCAAAAAAAGCACACAAACAUAUCGACAACUACGUAUGGUCGUCGUGUUUAGUUUCAUUGGUUUUGUGUUUGCGUCAUUUUUAUACUCAUGUGCCAAAGUAUUAUUAAAAACCCGAAACGUCCGAGAGACGACGAGGAGAAAGAGUGGACGAGCGAGAGGAAAGCGAAGGAGAAGGAGGAAAGUUUGUCUUCCGGUUAAGCGAAGCUGCUGUGUGCACCCAUCAUUUGAAGAAAAAAAAAUCAUGAGAUCACUUUUGAUCCUAUCGAUUCGAUCUUCCAGAGAUCUGUCGGCUUCCGCUGCGUGUUUGGGUUUAAUGCAUAUACACCGCGGAUGUGUUGCUUCUUUGAUGCAACAUAGUACUGUGGGUGUAUAUGGAAGGAAAUACUCACAGUUGGGAUUAUUAAAGGGUAGAUCUGAACGCUGAGAAUGUUAAUCGGAUGAAUGAUGCUGUUGAUUCGGAAGCAAACAAGUACAAAGAACAGUGAUACAAUAACGGAUGGAUAAAAGAAAGACAAACGACGAUUUUAAUGUCAGCCCCGACAAACAGAAGGAGUACAUUAUGGAAAAAGAACGGGAAGAUAUCUCCUCUGUUGAACGAUUAUUUAAAAGUGCUUGAUUUUUGUUUUCUAAUAAGCCGGUUAAAUAGUAUAGUCGGUAUUACUCCGAUGUCCGAUCUGAUAGGGCAGUCUAAAAAUAAAAGUAAAGAUGUACAAAGCAAACAUGAUUUUAUACAGAACUUCCCAUCAAGAUUGCUCUUCUGUGUAAAAGUGAGAUUCCACGCAUUUUGAGCAUAAUUUGUGGUGCCAUCGUCACGAAAGCGCAGCAUUGGAGCAAGUUUAGAUGGCGCAUAAUCGCACGAUAAGAGCAAAAGUUUGCAAUAAUGAUUAUUGGAGCAAAAAGAUAAUCAACAUUAUUCUGGGUAAAAUAUCCUAAUCAGAUUGAGCUUCGUCUAAACUAAAGCAACUGUUACAAAAUAGCAUAAUAAGUGUAAAAAAUUGUCUCAGAAACCAACUAACAGUCGCACGCGCAUAAGGAAAUGUUAUUUCAAAUGCUUCCUUUUUUAUAUCAUACUAAGAUUGUCAGUUGCACUGAUCCACUGAUCAUUGGUGCAAUUUUAAUGCUUCCCCACAGCUUGAAAGGAUGAAAAAAUAUGGCGAAACGGCGCAUUAAAGAAACAAAGUUUCUAAACUAAAUCAUAUGCUUCCACCAUCUUUUUUCGGAAAUUCUUUUUUAAGAUAGUGUGGUUUUCUGUUUUACAAAGAGUUCAAUCGCUUCGGUUAUAUCACUUAGGUGUUUUAUAUCUAUGCCCCUGUAAUUAUAUUAAGCUAUCGUAUGAUUGCGAAACAGAGGGUGCGCAAUUUUAUCCUUAUGGCAAUAUAUUUUUAUGGUGAAAUAAUUGAAACUCACACUGCACACUAGUGAAGCGAAAGCGAAUCGGUUGAGGAUGGAAUGGAAUGAAUUAGCUUUCGUUUGUGAAGAGUGUUAGUCUUUUUUUUAGCAAGCAAAGCUGUUUUUUUCUUACUAUUUUUAAUCGAACUCAAUUAAAAGCAAUCUCAUUUGUAGAAUCCUCUUCUGAUGGAAAGUGAACGUGGGUAGAAUAAUCACUAAUGUUAAGUGUUUUGCAAUCGGUUAAGCCAGACAGGAAGUUACAAACGGAAAACUCACGUGGGAAGUUAAAACCACGAAUUCUUUAUUCUUGGAGAUUCACCUAAACGACACAAAUUUGGCGUUGGACAAGAUGUGUCAAACUCUGUUGGUCCGAUAAUAUUUUUUUGUAACAACUGUAUUAAAUCAUAAAGCAAUCAUCGGCACAACGUAUCAUACGAAACUAGACGUAUAAAGGGCCUGCCGAUUUAACAUACUUGGGGUCUUUAAGAAUGGUACAAUUAUUACAGAACACUACAGUGUUGAAUGAUGAGUAAAGCUGAGAGCAAAAUAAAAAGCAACCUUUAUCGAGAAAUCUCUUCUACAACCCUCCGUAGCUAAGCUCCGUUUUAUUAUUAACACUUAUUUUAACCGUAGCCUUUAACAAACAACUUCUAAUGAAUAUGCACACAAGCAAAAAUAGACACCAUUGUGCUUAAUAACGUGUGGUAAGCGGUAUAUUGUCAUCUCGAAUUGAUUAGCGAAGCAGUAAACAAACAAACAUAAAUAAUUAAUAACAAGAUACUACAGUACUACAUUGAUGUAAUAUUAUAUUGCUUCCUCAGAGCAACAACAAUUAAUAUAAAAAUAAGGCGUAAGCACCCAAUUUCAGUGUACUACACUACUCCAUCGCUUGAAUGAAGUAUGUUCUUUUAAUUGUGCAAAAAAGAAACGCAAAAAUGUAAUUUGCUUGGUAAAUUUUAAUCUCAUAAAUUCUUCGCAUUGUAGCAAUGGUAAAACCAUUUAGAUCGUUGUGAAACAAUAACAACAGAAAGCAUAAAAACAAAAUAACCACACUGUAAACAAUGUACUACUUACUGCUAACAGGAUACAAUGUAUAGCAACUGAUUAAUCGAGCAAAAUUGUACACCCAUUCGACGACGAAGUAAAAAUGUGCAUUGUUCAUUAAGAAAAAAAAACGCAUACAUACAAUUUGCCCUUAACCUUAGCACAAAGAGAGAAAGAUGAAAAAUGUUAACAAUUAUAUCUCACUGACCAAUAAUGCAAUAACACCAUUAUGUUUAUAGGAUAUGUUUAAUGACUAGCAGUGUAAUAUUAAAAAAAGGGAUAACUAUGCUCACCCACUUCCACAAUCCAAGGUGUGGAAUCUGUGCCUUUUAACCGGUUGGUGGUAUGAAAUGAAAACAUUAAUACUGCUUUUUAUAUAAUAUGGCCCGCAUACACAGCAAACAACAGGAUAACUGCAGUCUAUAACCACUUUACUACCUUUUGGUCUGGUAACAAACAAAACAAACAAAAAAAAAGGAUAAGGUAAACCAUUUACAGCAAGAAAUAAUAAAUACUGAUAAUAAAGCUUAAUAUUGCACUACUAUAUUAAUCAUCUACUUCUACUUUUUAAUACUAUUUUAGCUACUUCUACUACUAGCAAAACUACCCAGCAACUACUAUCCACUACUACCAUCCGUUUAAUCAAAAACAAUUAUUAAUAAAGCAUAAAGUGCUGGCAAAACUUUAACCGGACUAGUUUUUAUUAGUUAUGUACCGUAUCUUCCCACCAUCAUCUCUCACCUUCCUAAUAAUAAUCCGUUCACUCUCAUGACUGUGCCAUAACAAUAUGUGUAAUAUUCCCUAACCCAAGUGAGGCAACAAUACUGCCACACCUAUCCCAAACGCGAAGCAACAGAUGAUAACGAAAGGUCUUAAAAGUUUUUUGUAAAUGUUUCUUCUCAAAUUUAAUUACGAAUGUUGCAAAGUGAUCUGCUGCUUCGAACUACCCUCGUAUUCCUAUUCUCACUCACCCUCAAUGUUCCUCUUUCACGUUCCGUCAAGUAUUCUUUCUUCCCGAACUUAACAUCAGUCUGAAAGAAAUGUAACCAUGGUUUGUGAAAGCUAAAACAACACACUCUUGGCCUGGCCUCCCCCCGCUGCUGAUGCGUAAUCCAUCGGAAAAAUAAUUCUCAACCAUCGAUUAACCAACCACCCACAACAACACAUAUAUGUACUCGGUAAACAAAAAACAAAAAAGAACAACUUUGCUCCUUCCUAAUCUGCUACCUAAUUAUACUACUCUCUGCGCAAUCAGCUUCACUUUUGAAUGUAUGGAUGGUGGGAUGUUUUUUUUUUUGUUUUUCUCUCAUAUAUUUCUAAUAACUUCUUUUGCUAACCAAAGCCACAAUGCUAUGGAAGGGUUGCGUGAAAAGAUUUUGGGUGCUUAUAUAGAACAAUUGUGUUUACUGCUUUUGGUGUCUUUUGUCGUAAGAAGUUUGAUUGACACACCAGUUGUUAACUAAGGGAUGGGAGAGAUAAUUUAAACGUGAAGUAAGAAAGGAAAUGAAAUUUGAUUUUCGUGCUUAAGCAAGAGACCCCAUCCAGCCCCGUAAGCAUAUGCUGCUGCUGUAUAAUAAUAACCUUGACAGUAUGAUAAGAGAGAAGCAAAUCGAGGGAACGGCAUUAAAGACCACCGAAGAACAACAUAGGGGUGUUUGUACCCCGGCCGUCCUUUCUUAUCACUGGCAUACGUAAAAGCAGAAGUGAACUUAUCGGAAGUUAUCUUAAUUAGCAUAACAACACUGUAAAGGCCAUAUCUUUUGCAUUUAAGGGGUACAGAUACAGAUGGAGCUUUAUUUGCAGAUGUACAAGGAAAUUUUCCUGCAUUUUUAAUUUUUUUUCCUCUCUUUUUACAAAAUGUCUACGAACUCACACUUGUAGAGGAGACGAAGAUGUGUUUCGAGUUACGAUCUUUGACCGAUCGCUGAGAUACUUGGUCCGAUUCGAUCGAUGCAUUCAAAGGGACAAUAAAAGACACAACAUAUCUUCCAAGAAUGACAGACGAACACGAUAACUUGGCCACAAACACAUCCCGAUACUUGCGGCAUUUCAAAUGAUCUUUCCUUUCGGAAGAAUAGUUGGUGUAAAAUGAUCUCUGUUUAGUGUCUACUCCAUCAAUACAUCAUGCCUUUUGUAGAACUCUAAAUCUCACACUACUUGAAGAUCGAUUCCAAUGAUCAUGACAUCACAGACAAGAUAAACGUUGAAACGCAAAACACCACGUGCUUGCCCCGAGAGAGAAGAGAGAGGAUGAUGGUAUCGAAUGGUCAAUUUUAUGUGCUGGCUUGAAAUCUAUUUCAUGAUUUCUAUUGUUUUUCACACACAGGCGAGGCCUGUUUAGACGGCGAGAUACCUCGGCAUGGUUACAAGCAAACCGACGAACGAUCGUUCGCUCGUAUGGGGCGUGUGCACAGCCACGGACGUUAACGGAGGGAUGGAUAUGCAUCCAAAAUAGCCAGAACCACGAAAACCACCACGGUGGUGGCGGUUGCGCUAAAUUAUUUAUAGCCCGUGACACACACCGCACCGAGAAGGAGAGCAAACUCGCAGCAGUUUGCAGCUUCCACACCGCGCCCUAUAAUGUGUGGUGUCGCCGUUGUUUCUACGGAACAUCGAAAGCGCACAAGUACUACAGAAAAAGAGCAAUAAAAAAAAGGUCAUUGGACAUAUCGUUUGUCUCUUGCGUGUCUCGUCGCGGUGGAUGCAUUGUUGCCGGUUCACCGUCGGCAGGAGACGCUCCGUUGAGUAACAGAUUGGUGGUUUCCCUUAGCUUUUCGCCGUUCCACCAGUAGUAUCGGUUAGGUUUGAAGUGGCAUCCGGUUUUUGGAUUAAACGUCCAUUCAGGUCACAGCACACCACCAGCAACAUAACAGCAGGGUGCGUACGUCACCCAGCUUAAGGGAAAAACAGGAAAUCCACCUACGGAUAUGGAUAGCUUUAGCAAAAAAGAAGCAAACAAAAAACCAUGUAACAACACACGCUGUGCUUUCGAAUAAAGUGCUGAGCAACGCACUUCUCCACCUGUAAUUAAUCGGCGGUAAUGAAGAAAUAUCUAAAGGGUCAGAACAUGAGCCCGCGGCACUAAAUCAGAAUUGUGUUGUGUGAAAAAUCCAAUUUAAAUUGUUGUGCGUUGCUUCCGCUGUGCAUUGAGCACCAGAGAUCGGUGCGUGAGAUGUUGCCCCAAGCAUUGUAUUUUCGGUAAACAGAAGCCAUUUUGGACAUUAAGAAAAAAAAGGUUAAAAUUUUUGUGUCAUAUGAAAAGGGGUUUUUUUCUGGUGAUAAAUAAUUACUUUUGUGUUGAUGCGGUGAGUUUCUCGCGGAAGUAAUAUUCUUCCUCUUGGAAUAUUACUAGUGGAGAGUCUUGUCGAUGUUUACAUGCCCUUUUCGUAGCCAGGUCCCUGGUAGGGCUGAUAAUAGUCCCUUUGACUCGCAGUGCAAAAAGCGACGGACAGCCGGUGAUCGUGUGGUGUUGAUGAAGCAAAAAAAAAACAUAUCGACGCGUUACGGCGCACCCACCGCCUAGGGUCAAUCGGUUUAAUUAAGCACGAAGAAAGGCACAUCAACUUCUCCUUCAUCAGCAUCCGAUCGUACAUCCGAUCGAGGAAUGUGGCAACAAAAAAGCCACAAACAGUAAUUGUCGGCCUGUGCGAAUACACAGCGCUACAGAGACUGAGGGUUUACUUGUCAUCGCCACCGAGCUCUAGUGUGCAGCAACGCAUGCAGAUCACCCAGUCCUUGACCUACGUCGCCGGGGCCCUGUGCGUACAGCGUAAAUGUGCGAUCUGAUUAAUGAUGUGCUGUGUUUUGUAAAGAAAUUUCUCGCCGGCGUCCCUGUGCGUCCGCGAUACACAUUACCGACCGAUCUGGUCAGGAAGGCGACAUCAUAAUGAUGCAUUUACAUACGAAAAGGAAAACAAAUUGUGUUCCAAGCGAACGAUGUUUUGUUAGAUGAGUGCAUUUCAUCGGAAAAUGUAGACAGCGAAGACAACACAUUCGCCAACACGGCUGUGUCGAGGCCUCCAUUGCGAACGGACGAUUGUUUGAUAGCUCUCUGGACGUAAAUGUGAUCUUUUUCUGUAAUAGCACAACUGUUCUCAACUCACGUGUGAUACGACCACUUCCAAUGGGACUUUGCCGGUCGGGCAAGCACGUUCCAUCUGGUUACACAUUGUCGAUAAGUUUCCUAGACCUAACGCUAAGGCACAGAAAUGUGGAAUCUUAAGUAAAUAGCAUCCAGUUGAGGGUUCGUACUUGGGCGCUGUUAGAAUUUCCGGGCGACGCUUUGCUUUUGCGCGCAGGAAACGAACCACUGCAUAGUUUGGAGAUGACACAUCGGUUAUCACAUAACGUCCUUCAAAUCUUCCGAGGACAUAUGAGCCAAUCGAUAAUCAUCGAUGCCGAUUAUCUCAAAUUGUAGAAAAAACAUUUUGAUGAACAUCUCCAAUGUCCAAAAGCAGCGAUCUGGAGUGAGAUCUUAUUCUUGCACCAACGGUCCAUAACCUCACAUUGCCUUAACGUCCGAGAGAUACUGCAAACAUAAACCUUGGAUCAAUUCUAGCAGCUUCUUCGUCUGUGUUUUGCCCUCGAGAUCCACGAUAACCUUGACAAGUUUUCUGUAUGUCACGCGAGUCUCAGACCUACGCCACCACGUAUCGAAACCGGGGACGAGAAAGAGUUUUGUCUCCUUGGUUACUGCUACGGCUUGACAGUUGCUGUGUGUGUGGUAUAGAAGUGGCACUCGGGUGAGCUUUUGAAGCGAGAAAAACCGGUCUAACUAAUCAAGCACUACACUCUUCGAGGGGCCGGCGCGACUUCGCUUUGUCGUUCCGGGGCGCGGAUACGUUUUCUCAUUUUAUGUGCGUUCUCCAACUUUCCUGCCCAGAAUUGACGGACGGUCGUUGGAUCGCACAUAUGCUGUUUGUGUUGACCACCACUCAAUAGCACCCUGCUGCAAAUCUUUGCCUCAUUCGAGAAGGAACAGGAAAGAAGUACGAUGGUAUGCAAAUAUGAUGUCGUCCAAAACAAAACAGAACAGAAAAAAGGGCAAAGAUCGUGCAUUUAGCAUAGUGGGCAUAUGUGCUAGAUAUGCAAAAACCCGCGCCUGGGAUCGAUAAGUCUGCGAAACCAUAAACUCCUUCGUGCAGCAUAUUUUGAUUAGCUGGAUUGUGGUCCAAUGGUGAGGGGGAUGUUGGACGAAUAACACCCAUCAACGAUGGGUGGAAGAUUCAUUCUUGACGGGGUUUCGCGCUAUAAAGGAAUGAAAAAUUUUAACCUCCGAUCGCAGUCGGGGUUGAAAACAGAAUUUUUCCUAAAGCUGUUGAAAAGGCGCAACUACUGCUACGCCUCCAACAGAUGCUGGGAGGGCAUCAAACAUCAGCCCCCAGUUUUGGAUACGCCCUUGCAAACCGGAAUCUGGAAGAUACAUUAUCGUAGGUUCAUACUCGUUGCGUACAUGUGUGCGGUAUGUGAAACACAUUUAAGCAAACAAACUGUACCACAUACACGUUCGGUGCCGGCUGGCUGUAACCGAUUGCGUCGUCCACCCUUAGCGGUCGUGAACGAUUGUGGGGAUCGGUAAAUAAAUAGAAAUAUUGCAGCGCGAUCCAUGAUGAAAAUUGUUCUUCGCGCAUCGAUGAUUGAUCGUUUAGGUCUGGUGCACGCGUCUGUGCGAUGGGAGUUGCCCAGUCAGUACCGUGUGACAUGCAAUGACACUCAUUCCAUUGCAACAUCACAGUGCUAGUGAGGACUUGUGUGUUUUUUAAAUUCUAUAUAGUAGUGAUCAAGUACUGUAAGAAGCUCUCUUAAUGCAUCUCGAAAACUUGAUUUGUAACGCUAACGCUCUAUUCAUUCUUUCUCCUUAAAGUCUCUCUGCUAGUGAAAAUAAUUCUUCUACUCUAAAUAGAUCAUAUUUAUUUUAUUUAAUACUUUUGAUGAGAUUCUGAAGUGAAUCUGUUGUUUUAAUUAGCUAAAUAUUAAUAUAUUUACAUCACUACCCCAUCCCCCGAUCGGUGCUCUGUUGUUUAAUAUUUUUUAUAUUUAUAAUAUUGCAAAUUUGAAACGAAUGAUCGUUUGUCUAGCGCGCCUGGUGCCAGAAAACGUGUGUACAUAAAUACAGAUUAAACACAGGAUACAAACACAUAUCUCUCUAAUUUGAGUAAUUUGUUGGUAUCGAUCGAUGAACAUAAGUCUGUACAGCUUUCCAUGACGUUACGGUGUUUUCGUGACCUUUUUUUAAUGCAUCCUUUUUCCUGUGUCCAUACCAUGUCCAGAUUUACUAAUGAUCCUAAUUCCUAACAUCAUCGCUCAGAAGUUGUUAAGACUAUGUGUGUGUGUGUGUAGUACACAAAUGCCAUAAAAUUGAUGCAUAGCACGAGCCAGAGAUGAGCACAUUAAAAAGCGAGAUCUACUAAAACCAACAACAGAAUACUUAUGAUUCAUAAUCACCAUCAUGUAAUCUACAUACAAACACAAAUACUCACACACACACUCAAGCAGAAAAUACAGCAAGAGCACUAUUAUGUAGGCCAAGUAAAUGUGUUAAAAAAGUAAACAAAAAAUAAUCGAUUGUUCUAAUAUAGAGCGUACGUAAACUAAUCGUAAAUAAUCUGUCCAUAGAGAUGCGCACACUAUCAAGCCGCAUACACACGCAAGUCCGGUAAGGUGACGCAAGCCGACACGGAAUCAAACCUUUCUUCUGUCUGCGGAUGCUGCAAGCAUGACACAUUCUUGAAAUACUCGACCAUUUUGUGUGUGUAUGUGUUAUUGUCACUUAAUGUAGCAUGAUAACAGUUUUAAGAUUAAACUAAAUGGAACAGUUUAUACAGGCAGUAGCAAAUAUUAAUUCGUACAUAAAACCCGCCAGGGGAAAAGUGAAACGCAGUGUAAGCAAACGUGUCCAUCCAGUCGUAUCCAUGCCCGUAUUAGUAGACGAAUACUUAUUAAUGUAAAAAAAAACAAACUUAGACGAAAACGUAAUGCGAUUCUAACUUAACAGAUGGGCAAGCAUUAAGUUAAUACUUUUUUAUUAAUAUUCGCUAGCCAAUAUUUUUUUGUUUUAACUAUUAUUAAACAACAAAACCGAACAAAGCUUAAAAAGAAAAGGAAAAACAACCAAUACUUAUGCGCCAUGUGUAUUGUAUUUACGAUCAGUAUGCCAAGUACAAUCGUUAGGACGAAUUUUAACAGUAGGUGUAAUUGUGGUUUUUAAAAAGCAAUUGUGUUUUUUUGUGGUUUCAAUGCUAAUUUAUUUCAUUUGUUUUCGUGUUAUUAUCGAUAAAAAAAAAUAUUUUAUUUACAUAAGCACCUCACAGGUCCAAUUAUUAUUUUUUUAUAUAUAUAUAUAUAUGUAUAGUCCCAAUGUGCUAAAGUGCUAGAAUAGAGUUUAAAAGCGAGCAACCAUACUUACAGAAAGCUUCAAGCAUAACAACGGUAACCGUACAACCGUAAUGUAAGCAUAAAGGAAACUCUUUUCAACAUAACAAUGAAUCAGUUGAUCACUGAGCCGAAUGCCAUUCAAUCGCGCACACGUGUCUAUUAGUAACCCCAUGAAGGGUACUUCAGGGUGUUCGUCGAUCAGUUCUCGAAGGGGGAAACAGCAACAGUAACAAAGCGUUGUACAAGCCUGGAACGGAAGCCAAGACCGAACACAAACACACAACGAAUGCCAUAAUUAAUCGCUCUGUUAUUAAGUGUUGACUAAAUGUGUUUAGUAUAAGGAGUGAGGAGAUUAAGCUAGCAAAAAAAAGUGGAACAUAACGCAUAGAGGUACACACCCCCCGUCCAAUGUGUCGCUCCCGGUCCUGGCUGGUGGUGUGGUUUGUAAAGUAACCAAGCACUAGCGGCAAGGCAAGUGUGAUGCGAUGCAUUAUUUUAUUUUUAUUGUGCUCUGGCAAAUUACAAAUGCAAAAUGCAAACGGAAUGGAUCUGUGUGUAUGAUAAUACGUGCGCCAUAUAAUGAUGCCCUCCCUACGUAAUAUGCGCCUCCCUUAAGGCCGGGCAAUGAUUUUUUUUUGUUUUCUUUUUCUCUAUCGCUGCUACUUAGUAUUGUUGUACUGUAAUAAUAUUUUUAUAAUUAUCCUAUAACCAACAUGUACACAAACACACGCAUAUAGAUAGUAUAUAAUCACACAGCCAUUAUCACUCUUUUACACCAAGAGUUACACAGAACAAACUCUUUCAUCUUCAUCACAACUUACAACAGUAAACCACAAGUCCUUUACACAUUGUUACAGAAAAAGGAUCGUUUCGAUUCAAUGAUUCGAAUGAUCACUGUGGACGAACAUUACAAUACUCCUCCUAACACAUACCACUCUAAUAUUGUUUUUACUAAAGGCUCAAAGAAAACGCGUGCAGCUAGAACUUAGAAAAGCAACAGUAAGAUACAUACAAACAGGCCCAAACCGUAGGCGUUUUUAGAACAAAAAAAAAGUAAUUAAACAUUGGGUAAGCGAAAUUGUCACAAACGCACGUACAAAAAGCUUUCCGCAAUAGUGCGCAGCAGAGGGAAACGAGUAAUAAUAUAAUCGUAAUAAUAAUCAAUAAUAAUAUUUUAAUAGCUACAGGAAUGAAACUGAGAAUUCACCAACCACCAACCACCAACCACAACCACCUAAACCAGCGCUAAAGAAAAUAAUAUUAAUAAUAUUAAUUAAUAAUCUUUUUUUUUCUCUCUCUGGAAUAAUACAGUUUGCUCAAAGUUUAAUAAAAAUAACUCACUCAUCUGUUAGUUUUUAAUUACGCCGUGUUUAACCCGCCUUUCUUAUCCUCUGACCGUUCUGACCCCUUUUUCCCGAACAUCCUCAGAAGAAGAAAAAAAAUGGGAAAACCCCCAAUACCACGAUGUUGUUCACUACCACCUGGUGUACUACGCAUCUUUGUCCCAUUCAUGCUCAAAUUCGUAAUGUUUUGAAGAACACUAUCGUUUGACCGAAAAAAAAACAUAUUCCUUCCCUUCCGUAGGAACAUUUCGCCUUUCGCUAUCUAUUUCGGCUCUUUCUGUUUGUUUGUUUUUCUCAACACCUUUGUCUUACACUCUAAUCUUGGUUUUGUAUUGCAUUUUGAUUAAGCAAAAGCCAUUUGCAAACAAUCCCCCAGGACGGUUUUGAAUGUAAUGUUGUUGUACUUCAUAUUAAUAUCUUAUGUAUAUGGGGAGCGCUCUUUUUGAAGGAGGAAGAAAUUAACAAAAAAAACAGAGAAGAAGAAAAAACUUUACUUAAUAAUGUUGAGAAAGAAGUCCAAUCAGAUAGGGACAGAAAAAAAACACACCGUGAUAAUGUGAUUUUUCCAUCAAUAUUCCUUCAAUUUCUUCCUUCUUCGCUACUACACGCUCUAGUACUCCGGUCGGGGGUUUUCUUGUGUUUUCCUCACUGUCGAUCAUCAUCUGUGUCCUAACUUGUGUUGAUCAUCAUCCGUACCAUCCGCGAAGCAGGCCCUCCCACUGCUGGGCAAUCUUCUGUUAAUGUUUGGAAUGCCCUUGGGUAUUUUUUAAAUGUUUCGAAUUAAUCUUUUCACUAGCCCUGCCGAAAGCAUUGAACGAUUUUCCGGUCGAAAAAACGAUCGCUCAUACUCAUCCUCACGCAUCGUCCGCGGUGUGUGUGUGUGUGUCUCACUCUUCUUAUUGUUGUUCGCUUUCCUUUUUCGUUUGGACUGGUUGCGUUUGUCUCUUCUCUUCUAUUCGUCACUAAAUCGUGUAACUAAUCGUUCAACCACAACGGCACACACCGAUACCACUACCAUGCGUGAGAUUUGCUGUGCGUUUUCAUCCCCAUCGUACUGGAUGCUGUUGCGUCCAGCUGGCAGCACAACACAACACGGUGUUAUUAACAAUGGCUAAACUAAAGCGAAUGGCACGGUUGUACAGUUGAUGUUGUUACAUUUAAUUUUUGCAAUUACUAAGAAAUUGUCUAUACGUUAGGUCGUCUGGUUAGUUUCUGCCAUUUUCAAAUAGAUGGCGCUAGUACAGUCAACUAGUACAGUCAACACAUUGUCUCAUUUCAACUUUGGUUUUUAAAAACAUUCAAAAAUCCUUCAUUUUGCCUAUCAAUUUUUUUACAAUUAUCGUUGCGAUUGAAUAUAUUAAAUAUUUGAUCCACAAUUUUGCUACUUUUUUAGAUCCAUAAUCAUAAAGCCCUUGUGACAUUUCUGAUCUUACGAGAAGUUCGAAAACUGGGAUAAUUGGAUCGGCUUAAAAACUACCUUAAAUAUUCACGAAAUUCAUAUGUUGCCGUAAACUGCUACAGUUACAAAGUAGAGAGAAACACCAAAACCUGUGCCAAAAAGAACGAACCAAUUUAGAAUAUUGCGUAUGUUACACCUGUUCUGAUUACGGGGUUCGCACAUAGUUUAUGACCGGAACGACGACCUAGUUGCCACGGUCCUAAUAUUACACCUGCCUUUUUGCUCACUCUGGAAUGCUGUGGCAGGCCGUGUUAACCAUCCUGAAAGGCAAAAAAAGAAGAUACGCAAUCGACGUAGUGACCAGAUAACCCGCACAAGCGAGAAGUUUAAACGUCCCCUUUUACAGAAAUUAUGUUCCUUCCCUGACCCUAGCAAAAUGGUGUCAACUUUUCACUCAGUUACAGACACGGUUUCAUGCGUAGGGUCGAAAUGAUGGCGCGCCGUCCAAUCCAAACUAAGCCCACCGAAUCGUAAAUCUAUCAACCGAGCGGCCUAAACGGCUGAGCACGACCCAUAGUACUACUAUGGCAAAGUCCCGUCUCAAUCAUCAUCGUAAGUCAUUUGCCAUUAGGCGGUAAAAUCGACAGCACACCACGCCGACUCAAUGUCGUAAAAUGGGGUCUCCUUUCCGUAACGUGGGAGGAACACCGAUCUUCACGAUCUACCUGUGAACGGACAAGAAACGAUCCGAGAGAGCGAAAGAAAACGAAACACAAAGUCCCCCGUUCGACAUCUUGCUUUAAGCUCAACUCUAAUUAAAUUCAAAUUAGUUUCGUGGAUGACGUUUCUCGGACGGCACGAGUCCCAGCGUUCGCUACCCGUAGGUAUCACACAUCCAUCACUGAGAUUGGCUCGGUGUACCGUGUAUAGAGCGACAGAUCUAUCGCUCUAAACGGCUGUGUGUGGUGCCGCGACCAGGUAGGACACCAAAUUUGUUACAUCCGCAUGGACGUAAUAUGCGCAGGCGUUAGAGGAGUUGCGUUUUUUUUGCCCUCUAUUACCAUUCUGCAUCAUUUGUGCACCAUCGAUGACCAUUUUGUGACAGGCGGUAGUUCUAAUGCAUCUACGUCCUAUGAUGAGGAGCGCUAUUGCACAAUCAUUUCCUUUAGUACCAUACGCGCUCCACUACACCUCGAUCGCCGAUGUCCAGAUGGCGCUAAAUUGUUUCCACCCAUGCAUAUGACAUGGACCGUGCGGGCGAUACGAUGGCACCAAACAGAUUCAAUGGCAUUAAGGCAUGGACUUGGUAGACUAAUGUUCGACGCGUUACUAAUCCGCAUAAAUCCGCACGUCGCCAGUGUGGACGAAUAGGACAAGAUCUUCCAUGCCUUGCCUUCCUACAACCACGAAGAACCAACCGGCGUGGUCUAGCUGCAUUGGUAGACCUUUGUCAUGUGAGCCUACUAUGUUAACGAUCCGGAUUUUACCGGGUAGAGGUGAUGGAAAAAUUCAUGGGACUGUUCCAACGGAAAAAAAACGCUCCGACACCUACACACACGUUCACGUCUCUAUUGCGGAUGAUUGGUGCUACAUUGUGCGCCGAAUCGGACCCGGUUGCUUUCCCGUAUUCCCACGCGAAUAUACUUCACGCAUCGUUGGUUAAUGCGGCUGCAGAAAAGAAAACAAGAUCUACCUUAUCCACCACCUGGAUGGGGACAGAUCAUGGACACCCACCUGUAGGACAAAUGCUACACGUUAUGUUACUCUCUCUCUCUCUCUCUCUCCCUUCAUCACUAUAACCAAGAAGACAGAAAUAUAAUUUACUUCUUUUAAAGAUGUUAAAUUGCCUCCGAAAAUCUGGUGCUGAGUGCCCGAGAACCGGCUUCGGUAAGCGAUCCAUGCAGUACCAAGAAACGUAUCACGGGAGUAUGCGAAGUAACAAAAAAAAUGGAGAUCAAGGGGCAUUAAUGGUGGCCGCUUGCGUCUGAGUUCUGCUACCUAAAACUACGCCUGGCCCUGUACGGCAUGGGAUAUAGUUUUAUCGGAAUGUUAUACCAGACUACCGCCAACAUAUGGCCACGCAAAGGUUUUGAUGUGUUUUGAAUAACAUAAUUCCUCGAAGGAAUUUGUGGGACACGUUACGACAGAACGCCUAUGAGCGUGUUUUUCACUCUGUUCGAAAGCAAACCGUGUGUGUUGAAAUGACUAGACUUUCAACACUACAACUUGAGAACUUUGCAGACACUCUUAAGCCCAUACGAUCGUUUGAACCUGAAGUAUUUAUUUGCGUCAGAAUGUUCCUUCCUAGCUAGUUUUCUUUAGCAUGACCAUGAUGCGAUACCUUCAUAAAAUAUUUUCCAUUUCCGAAGAACUAUUUUCUUCCCAGUUUUUGAAGAUCACAUGUGACUCACGCGCGUAUGGUAUGAUGGUCAUAUGCAAGUUUUGGCAAUUAUCCAGCCACCAGUGAGCUCACCGUGACUCGAACUUGUGGAUCAUGCCUUCGGGCCAUAUUUGUCACCUUAACGACUGUUUCCCAUCCAUUGCUAUGUGUACACCAAUGUGUGGGGGUUAAAAAUUUGGACCUGACACACAGUUCCUUUGGGGCGGGACUAUUUAGGGGAGCAAUACUUUCGCCCUCCAUUUGUCCGGUUGGCUUGAGCAAGAUGAUGUGUUUUGGCUCUUUCGGAAGAGAUCUUCUAGAUCGCAAGAUUGGCUACCUCCAUACAAGGAUGAGAAGCAGUAGGUGGGUGCUCCAAAAAAAACGAACACUGGACACCAUUUCGUACGAUUGCAUCACUGACACUGAGGCACUUGUCAGACAUUUUAACGCUCUUGUGAUCAUGGUCUUCAGCAGUGUGGUACCGUUUUGGGAAGCGAAUCGAUUAGUCGAUCUCUGCCAGGCUCUGUUCGGACUUCCAGAGGUAACCACCACUGGGAUCGGAUCUGGUCGUAGAGUUUACUGUGAUUACUGUUAGCAAGAGUCAACCCACGAUGUGUCCUCUUUUAAAGCUUCUAGUGGGUGGCGAUUACUUACCAAAACAUGGAGGCGUUCUCUUGUGAUGCAACAUGUGUUGGUCUCAAAAGUUCCAAGAUGUUGUUAAAAUGUUACCCAAAAACUCAAGUUCGUCCAUUUGAACCUCACAUAUGGCUAUCGAACAAAUCAUUCAUCUGGCUAACCCAUUCAACAUCAGCUUAUUUUGUAGCAAAGUUUCCACUUUUGCGCCCACAACUGCUCAAUGGCCGAUCAAAGUGACGCGCGUUUUUGUGCACAAGAUAAGAUGUCCUCUAAACAUCGACCGGCGUGUUAAUCGCUAUGCAAACAGUAUGUUCGCUUUGUUUCCGGCACUACUACACCCGUUCGGUGGCCAAUUUUGGGACGAUUAGUUUUCUGUUUUUAGGGACCGUCGGUUCCACGGUAGGGAUGCACCGAAUGGCAAGGGAGAGGGAGUAAUGUUUGCGAGUGGGGCAUUUAUUUUUAUCAUUAGAGAGCGAUGCCGAAUGAAGCCUUUUGUCGGUUGGCUCAUCAUCAACCUUUCAACAGAUAGGCACUGGUUUUAUUUUCUGUUUUCCCUCCACCCCGUUUGGUUGCUUGUACGCCUAUGUUUCAAAUGUGAGCCGCAAAGGUUCAGUUCAUCUUUUAUGUUCUUUCUUCUGGCUGAGUCACUACCACGCACAUGCUGUACGGUAGAAGAAAGGGAAACGUACAGUGUUGAUCAGUGAAAUAGGGCCACUGUGUUACAGGCUAUAUUUUUUUUACAUUCGGAAAUGGGUUUUAAAUAUUUAUGAACUCAACGACUCCAUUUUGUUCCAUCUAAUUUAUUAUAAAUAAGUCAUGUUAACUUUAUUUUCGAUGAUCUCCAAUAUUGCAAAAUUACAGUAAAGAGAAAAUUCUCAUUAUUAUUCUCAAAUCAUUAUCAGAUCAGUAUCAAAAAAAAAUUAUAAAAUAUUAAAAUAUUCGUUUUUUUGUUUAUUUACUCAACCUUUUUAAAAGCAAAAUUGAGUAUAUUUUAAACCACAUCCACGUGCCAUUUACUGUUUGUUUCUUAUCGUUAUUCGCUUGUAACGCUAACUACCCUUUGCUAGAGCGGGUGGGAAAUUGAGCAUGAAUCACCGGCUACCGUCAACCACCAUUGGGGGGGGGGAUGGUUUGCUGCCCCAAAAAGUAUAAUAAUAGAAUUUUCAUAUUUUCCCACCUGUGGGGUGGUGGAGUUCGCUCCGUUUUUUUUUUCCCGUCCCCAUCCGCGAAUAUUCUUUCCCGUUUACCGGCCGCUUCAGCACCUGCAACAUCGAGUCAAUUUUCUUCGUGAUGUGACUAUUUUUCUUUCCUUUUUUUGCUUGUUUGCUUUGGAUGCUUCAAAAAGACUAAUACGGCCCCAAACAGCAUAUUUCGCGUGCUACACGUUUUUAUGAUCAGUUGCGCGAGAUAUUAAAGUAGAAAAUCGACGAAAUCCCACUUGAAUGGUAUGGGUCACCAUCAAAUAACGAUCGUGUAUAACUGUCAUCUGAACGGUUUGAAUUGAUAAAAACAGGCAGUGAAAGUGUCGUAAAAUCAUUAUUAUUUAUGAUACAGUUGGAAUGGCUUUAUGUUUUUCGCAAAGCUAAAGUACUCGAGCUUGCGUUUUAUGUGUUUUUUUCUUCUCUUUUCUGUAACUUUAACUAACCUCUCUGUCCUGUUGUGUAGUAUAUUUCUGUCGUAAUAUCUCUGCUGCUCGGGGUCUCCGGCAGACCGUUAACGUAGGUUGUGAUGGGUCGAUGGCUGCAAAAGCAUCUUUCUUGUAAUCUAAUUAAAAUACACACACCCACAACACAAUCACUUCCAACCAUAGUAUAUCUUAGCAUUUGUGCUCUAUUGUUUCACCGUUACAACGGCGUGUUGAUUUCUCACCGUAACCAUUCUGUGAUCGUGAUUGUGUUUGCUCUCUCUCUCUUUCUUUAUUAUACUUCUAGUUCUCACGGCUCGGGUGCUACGCUGGACCCCGCCAGGGGCAGAUGAAAGUCUAAAGGAAACUGCAAACACCCCAAAUACGAUAAAGAAACAAAUAGAAAUGAAGAAAAAAUACACACAGAGCGCCCACCCCAUUCAAUUCACACUCCCAAUCCAGCAGUUGCUGGCUUAAAACAGUAGUACAGAUGCGCGCGAUCAUCUUCCCUAGUUUUUGAAACGCAACCACCCCCCAUAAAAAAACCCCAUUUCCCUUUUCAUCGCUCUCCAUCUCUCUGUCUCUCUCUUGACUGCUGACCAUCGUACAAGCACCGAUGACAGCCGCAAGAAAAGCUAGUGGAAAUCGAUUCAGAACAAAACGAAAAUGUUAUUGGAAAAGCCGACCGACCGGAAAGUGCAGAAAUGGACACAGAAUUACCCGCGAACCGCGUUCCACAAUGAAAGGUCCGGCAAUUCUGAAACGAAAACAACGAUCUCCUCACGAUGGCGCAACCGAACGGCCAUAUGCGUACGGUCCGGCUGCAUGGAUAUGGAUCAUCGAUGCCAUACCAUCCGUACCAGCAGCAGACACCCGAGCAGUUCUAUCCACCGUACCACAACCAGCCACAGUACAACUUGCCGCAGCUCUAUCAGCAUCCGACGUUCCAGUAUCAGCAGUUAUUACACCAUCGUACACAACCGCUACGUCAUACCCAUCAGCCGCAUCGUCUCCGCUAGCGUGUUGCUAAACCACCGGGCCCUCGCACAACCAGCCAAAGCCUUUGCUGCAUCCGGUUCGUCCGAUCAUCUCCGGUGCAGGUUCAACACCGGACUCUUCUGCACACCUGCGUGACGGAUCAGCCGUUAACAAGUACCGUGGAGGGGUGCGACGCGUUCAAGUGUUAAACAGAACUCCCGCGCGCGUCAAGCGCUUUUUUGGAACGCAUCACCGGAAGGAAAAGUGUGUGCGUACGUGUGUGUGUGUUUGUAUGUGCGAGAGUUUUCGGUAAAUACCAACAUACCACCCUGAUCGAUCUUCAUACCCGGUACGUACGACAGCGUUAUGUCGCCAUUAUUGACCAAUCGGCCGGAAAUGAUCGAUGACGGAGACGCGAAAGGGUCCGUGUGUGACUUCAUGCUCUGUCCGGUGUUGAUGCUGUUUUCUUGGGUCACUUUUUUAUAUACUUUUUUUUGUGUUGUGUGUCUAAAUAGCGGUGGUUUAUGUGUUAUUUAUUCAUGCGUUACGGAAGUGGUUGUAUGAGUGUAGUGUCGCACGGUGUCGUUAUGCGAGGUGAAUGGUCCUCGCGUGUGCGUUACGGUGACGUUUUCUUUCCUCUCUCUCUCUACGGUGUGGUGACCGACAAGUGUUCAGGUUUUUUUUGUCGCCCGCUAUUACUCGCCGCCGCAAGCGCUGGAAUGUUGCGAGCGCUGGUUUGGAGUGUGUACACCGUUGGUGUCUAGUAUUGUGUAUUUGUAGUAAAUUAUCAUAAAAAUCCAUGCCAUGCCAGCGCUCAACAGCAGAAGAAGAAGGGUGACGUGAUGCGGAUGCGGACGGAUUACUUUCAACUAUGUUCGAGAGCUACUUCUUCGAACACAACCCAAAACGCAUCGUUAAUGUGCGAUAGAUCGUGAAAAAAAACGCAAGUUCCGAUCAUUACGGUGACAUCAUCUGCAUGUAUCGCACGAACGCAACACAACACGAAACAGUGUUAAAACAACCACAACAAACUACGAAAUUUGGUUCAGCCAAAAAAAAAGCAAACAAACAACGACUGACUAACAGCGUUAGGAAGGAGAAAGAGAUGCGUACGGCAAGCUGCUGGUGUGGUGGCCAGGUUCAGGUUCGGUGUGUGACACACGUUACAGUGAAAGUAUUUAUCACCAUCCGGAUCAUAAUGCGAGAUACCCAAUCGAUUAGUAAAUGGUGUGAAUUCGUUAGCAAAGUCGUCGAGGAGAUCGUUGGGAGGAAAAUAAUAAUUGUAAGAGAUUUUCUGUUUAAAUUAUAGCCGCAAUGAUAAAAUUAUUUUAUUUUUGUUUGUACAAAACAAAAGGGGAAACAGUAAGGAAUGUUAGCAAAUAUAUUCAUGCACCAUAAUGAGAGAAAACCCGAUUGAUCAACACACAAUUAAAACAUCUCAUCAGAUAGAUUUAGUACCAGAUAGGAAGCUGCAACAAUGAAGUUAGCCGUCCUUCUUUAAGGCACAAUUUUCAUGCGCAACUGUUAACGUUGCAUAGUUUUGUGGAUUCUUCCGGUCGGUGUAUUCCCCCCGUAUUUUUUCGACUUAAUCAAAUUGAUGUGCAUACAUUCCAUAAACUACCGUUAUAAGCCGACCAAGGUGGGGGUUGGGAGAGGUCAGGACAGUUGAUUUAGCAGUACUUGAAAACGAGACAAAAAUCAAUGGAAAAGAAAAAAAACCAGGCGCAAACGGCGGGUGCUCGCUCGCGCCAGGGAAGCAAACGUUGCAUGCAAGCCACAUGCAUCGUGACAAAUGGAGUGUGUCCACGUGUAAAUGUGCUUGGCGUGGUAAAGAUGAAAGAAUGGAAAAUAAGCAAAGAAAGAGCCGGGUUGGUAAAACGUGUUUUUGAAUGAUGAUGAAGAAGUGCAUUACAAAACGGGAAUGGGGGUUAGGAAAAAAACAAAAAAACACCUCAUCGAGUGCAAAAGCUUCAAAAGCAGAACACUAGUGUGAAGGACAGAAUGAAUAGAAGAGCGCAGCAUCAGUGAAAAGCGUCUAUCUUAAGCUUCUUAAAAGCGUUGUCUACGCUAGAUCAAGUUCAAAACAAUAAGAAAGGCCAAAAUUGCCGACCGUACACCGUUGGUACGGUGAGAGCCAUAGGGACCACACACCACUUUGGUGAACGUGUAGCUUAAAGACAGAAAAUUUGGGAGGGAAAACCCCCUCAAAAAGGAAUGAAUGAAGUUGUAUGAACGAACCCAGUGUGUCCUGAGGCGGGUUGCGAGUUUGAAACAAGUACCCAGUUUCAUGUAAAUCGAUAAGAAAAUGAUCCCAAAAUUGAACAGUUACCAAGUAUUUGUUGUUCAUUAAAGUAAGAGCGCCUUAGGUAUACUUGUGCUAAAUACUUCACGCAAGGGCCAUAUCAAACCAUACGUUAAUGCACACGAUCAACGAUCAACUCUUGUAACGCUAGAGCGUGUGUUGGUUGUUUCGCAGUAGGGAAAACCAUUUUAGUACUUUAUUCUAAAUGUUUAUGAUACGCCAGGAACGGUCGCCCGAAACAGGAUGCGGAACCGCAGAAGCAAAUAUAGAAUGUAAGUUGUGGCAAACUAGUCUAUCCCGUGCGUACGUUUAUGAUUAAGUCGAACAACAAACUGCGAAGCCGAUGCAAAACCUUGUGUCGUACCUUUUGCGGCGAACGAACUAGUAUUAUUUGAUGCUUAAGUUUAGUACUCCAAUAAUUUAUAGAACGGCCAUCGGGUGCGAACGGAGCGCGAUUUAAAGGACAACUGCGAUAGCUCUUAGAUUUAGUACGUAACACAGGUAGAACGUUAUUUGUCCAAACAUAGUGAAGCAACGAGCGAUACCUGGGGGGGAAAAACAUUUCGCACGCACCAGGUACCACCUUAGUUGCUGCUACUCUCCAUCCCUGCCAAUUUAAGCGCUUUCCCACACACACACACACUCAGUAGCAAGCGGCUGGCUAAGGAAAGUGUCAAACAAAAAUAUAUGAUACGGAUCGUUUUUUUUUCUUUGUAAUGUCCCAGCUAUUUUGAUUGUACUUCUUAUUUAUAUGACAUGCACGAUUUGCUGCCGCUGUACGCGCAUAUAUUGUAUACACUUAGGUUUAUCACUUAGCUUAAAUAUAAAAUUCUACUACCUUUGCCACAGGCAAGGAGGAUGGAUGAUAUGCGUCGCGAUGACUUUCUUGUGUGUAGCGCAAAAACUUAACGUCGGCAGAAUUGGGGAAAAAUUGUCUUCUUAUUACGGCACGAUAAUUACGACAAGGAUAUAUGCGUGAAUGAAGCAUACAAACAUUCAAUGUGUUAGCCAUUUAUAGUUCAUUUUUUUCUACCAGAUAAUGGAAUCAUUUUUUUAGAAUAAAAGAAAACAAAAAAGUAGUUUUAAAAACGUAAAGAACAUGUUAUUGAACCGUAA